AUGUCGCCUUUGAAAUGCGAAGGUAAAGCUCGAGUACGUUUAAUUGCAGAUGGAAGGAAGACGAUCGAGACGGAGGCCAUCGUUUGUGGAGAUAUGGGACGCGAAGUAAUUCUAAGUCGAUCUAUCUUAAGACGCAUGCGAAUAAUCCCGAAAAAUUUUCCAAAUGUUUUUGUUGCGGGUGUGAAAAACUGCGUCAACGACCUCAUUUCAGAAUUCCCGGAAACUCUGUCCGACAGACUGCCAAAGAAACCAAUGAAAGGGAAACCAAUGAGAAUAUACCUCAAAGAUGACGUCGACAUCGUGCCAACCAGACGGUUAACUGCGAGACAAAUUCCGUUAGCUCGCCAGGAGGCAGCGGAGAAUGUUGUCACGAAAUUAAUGGAAGACAGAGUGAUCGAACGAGUUGAAGGGCCCACGGACUGGAUCAGCCCUGGUUUUUUUGUACCCAAAAACGACGGGAAAGGUGUGAGGCUUGUCACGGAUUAUACAG